ACGAUACAUGAUAAGGGGAUUUGUUGAUGUAUGUACCUAGUUAUCAUCAGUCUCGAAAAAUCUGUGUGUAGACGUAGCAAAACAUCGUCAAAUCGCAAUGAAUCAUAGUGAAAUUUAGUUUUUCGGAAAGUGCCUUGUUUUUCAAAAUGGUCCAAUGCGAUGAGGAGGUCAAGAAGGAUAGUUUCAACCUAACAUUCAUACUUAUGUAUUGUUUGGGGACUUUAGCGCAAAUUUCUGGAUCUAUUUUCCCUAAUGCACAAUUGUAUUGGAAGUAUAAACUGAGGGAUAUAGGAAACCCUUGGAACCCUUCCUCGAAUGCCACUACAGACUUACAAGAUGAAUUCACUGCUGAUUUCGCUUUAGUUGGAAACGCUACGACAAUUUUCGCCCUGAUAAUUUCCAUAAUCUACACCAGAAGAUGGAAUAUAGUCAACAGGAUGAUUGCCUGCUUUUUCGUCUAUAUAAUCCUGUUUCUAAUAAUUGUGUUUUUCGUCGGAAUCGAUACAGAUUCAUGGCAGAGAGGGUUUCUCUACUUGACAUUAUUCUUGAUUUUCCUCAUAUCUUGUACAAACGCAGUUUUUCUCGUUACUCUAUUCCAAAUGUGCUCGAAAUUUUCACCCGUGUACAUAUCAGCCAUAUUGUCCGGCCAAGCUCUCUGUGGAAUUUUUUCUUCGUCGCUACAAAUUUUAACGUUGAGUAUAGAUGCAAAACCGGAAACUAACGGUUUCCUUUAUUUUUCCGCAACAGUAGCUUUUGUGGCUAUGGUAUGCGUCACAUUUGUGGCUUGUAUGAAGUAUUCAGAGUUCUUCAUUUACCACGUGGAAAGGGCGAACCCUAAAAAUAUAGUGAAGGUAGAUAUACCAAAAGAAUUGGUUUUCUCAAUUUGGAAACGGCAGAAAUUUGUGUUCGUUUCUUUGUUGCUCAUUGUUGGGAUAAGUAGUAUGGUGCACCCUGGAAUAACUGCCACUGUACAAUCUACUGGAGCUGGUGUUGGAAAUAAAUGGAAUGAUACUUUCUUUGUACCAGUUAUUACCUUCUUCGUAUAUAACUUCUUGGAUUUAGUUGGACGUGAAAUGGCCCUCAAGGUCGAAAGACCUACUGAUGAAAUUCCAGUUUUAUCGUUGUCCUUCAUUCGGAUUGUGUUGAUUCCUGUGUUGCUUUUCUGCAAUUUGUCCUCAAAACACAACACAAGAGUAUUAUUCAACAGCGAUGCAGUUUACAUCUUGGUUAUAAUACUAUUUGCUGUCAGUAACGGAUAUUUGACCAAUAUAUGUGUCAUAAUGUUACCGAAAAACUACGACGGCUCCGACAAAGACAGGGCAGUGACGAUCGCCAUGUUGUUCUUUCUACUUCUCUUGGGAUCUGGAGUGUUCUCGUUUUUAGGAUUAGCGCUGCUGAAAGUGAUGUGAGGGAGUACUGAGAAUGAAAGACUUGAUUUAAUUCUAUAAUAAAUAUAUUUAAAUCUUUCAAGGCCAA